ACUGAUGGAGGACUGUGGCGUCGCGAUGUACUGCGACAUGCACGCCCACUCACGCAAGCACAAUGUGUUCAUCUACGGGUGCGAGAAUCUGAAGCGACAUCCCGACCGGCGGCUGCUGGAGCAGGUCUUUCCGCUGAUGUUGCACAAGAAUGUCGCCGACAAGUUUUCAUUCGAAAACUGCAAAUUUAAGGUACAGAAAAACAAGGAAGGCACCGGACGGAUCGUCGUCUGGGUGCUCGGAGUGACCAACAGCUACACCCUGGAGGCGUCCUUCGGUGGCAGCACGAUGGGUGGCCGGGCCGGGACGCACUUUUCCACGGCGGACUACGAGCACAUCGGCCGGGCAUACUGCGAAACGCUGAUGGACUACUACGACGAUAAUCCGAUCAAAGAAAAGCUCCGCAUGAAGAUCCUGACUCGACUUUCGAAGGAGGGCUCCAGCGCGGAGGAACCGCUCAACAUUCCCCUGUCGGAUUACUCCAGCGACGAAGGCGACACCAGCACCAGUAGUUCCGAAGAUGAAGCUGGUAAAGAUAGCAUGGCAGAACUGGAAGGCCCGUGCUGUUCUUCACUGAGAGUACCUCCAUCAUCUCCGGUUCUACCGCAGAAAUUCAAGGGAAACAAAAAGGGCAAAAAGCAAUGUCGCACUCCGACCAGACCGUAUCGGCGAAGAGCCCGCAAUGCGCACCGCAUCGUGCUGGACAUUCCUACGGCCGAACCGGCUAGCGAUUUCUUCGAGUACUCCUCCGACGAGGAAUCGUCUCCGGUGGGCGGUCAGCCUCACCAGAUGGCCGUGUCCGAUACGGAGAAUACGAUCAAGCGGAGCUUCCGGCGGCACCACAAGUUUCGCCAAUCGGAACGGAUCAAGAAGCUGACGAUGCUGGGUUGCGAAACGCAAUAUCUGAUGCCACCGGAACUGAUCGUACGGUCGGCGACGAGUCGAUACAUGUCCGAGGAGGAGGACGACAACAACCGGAUGGUGAUGAGCAUUAUCAAGGAGUUUCCACCGAUCAGCAAGGAGCGCUCGUGGCAGGGAUUCAACCGGAGGAGUGCGGAGAGAAACCGAGCGGAAAUGAUGAAACCGAUGAGCCCGGACCACAUCUUUGCCCAUCUGUCGUUCAAGCGGUCCAUCUGGACCGGAACGCACUCGGACGGGUACGUCAACGAAGCGGCGACCAUCAACUCCCGUCCCCUAUCCUGGGGUGUCCCGCCAGUUCUGGUCAAAUCCACCCACUUCGACAACGAAGCCCUGCUGACUGCCUGUUCGCAGAAGCUGGCCGCCUGGAAGGACGAAAAGCGAAGCCUCAAGGAGAAACACCACAAGAGCAUGUCCCGGCUGGCCGCCAAGGAUAAGGAGAAUCGUUCGGCAGUAAGCAGCGCUGCCACCCGGGUGAAGCUGUCCCUCGCAGAUCAGUACAGCGGCGGAAAGCAGAAAGCCUCCUCCGACAAGAAGCAUAGCGAUAGUUCCGAAGGCAGUGGCAUUGCCAAAGUUCGGAGGAAAACCAGAUCGACCCUGAACAAAAUCGUAGAGAAAGCGGAAAUCAUUACUCACCUGUCGCGCAGUGCACGUUCCGGUCACUCCCGUCGGAUGGCAGUCGCCGCAGCAGCUAGUCUUCUCUCGUCGUCCGGUUCUCCCCGGAAGGCCACAAGCACCAGCAAUCUGCUAGGUCCGGUAUCCGGAUCGCAAACCCAACUGCUCGUUUCCAGUCAAUCGCUUAAAACACCAAUCCACACCGGUGGCGGCAAUAAGUUCAAAACCGGCGGAAUAGUCGUAACGGCCGCUCAACCUCUGCACUCGAAGCAACGGAAAACCGCACAAGGACACUUGCGAGCCGUCAGGACACCGUCCAAUGCACCCAGCAACAACAACAACAACAACCAAUCUUCUUCCACUUCACCGACCAAACUGCCCACGACGACCACAAUCGAUAUACAGCUGACCACACUCUGCUCCGAGACGGAAUCUGAAAAGAACGUCAAAAUUGUUAGGAAGCACAAAAAGAAGCACCGGAUCGGCAACAGGGACAAAUCGGCCGCCGGCAGAGUGCCGGCCUGAUCCCGAUAGGAUUGCUC